GACUCAUCAUGGUCAACCUGCCUGCAAUGGCCCGCACCAGCUCAGUCGUGCCCUGGCUGUACGACCGUGAACAGCCCCCGUGUUGGCCUCCCAUACGGGGAGACGGACCACCUUAGCCCGGGAGGCUCUGUCGGGUGCCUGCUGGACUGCACAGAGUAAAGUUAGUUGCAGUGGUAAUUUCACUGCACUGAACUCUUGUCGCGUGGUAUUUGUUUAUAAAUUUAAAUACCAAAAUUAUCCAAAUUUGAUUUCGUGAUUAUGCAAAAUUAAGAACGGCUAUUUUGUUUUUAUUCAUUCUACUGCGGUUCAUUGAAUAAUUACAAGUGUAACGACGAGUGCCUGGAAGAUUUUUGGACGUCUGCCAACUUCACAUCACCAGGGAUGAUCCAGCUAAGCUGUGCUGCGCUGUUGCGAAGGCGGACAUCCUGCCUGUGGCUGCUGAUUUGCAGCUUAAUUUGGAAGGCCACCCUCGCCAACACGUUGGCAGACUUCAUCAAACUGGAGGAGUACGUACCAGAGAGUCACUCUGGUCCGUUCGGUACCGUACCCCAUAACGGUACAUUUCUGUACCAGCCGGCACCGCCCGGGAAGAGUCCCCGCUGUGCCCGCGGGGGACUAACCUACUGUGCAGAGGUGCCCGUCUACCCCAGUGACGUCAUUCGUCGCCUUUUGACCCAGUGGAAGUACGACUUGUCAUCCGUCUUCGUUAGUGAAAAGUCUGAAACAUUGACCAGCACUCCUUCUCAGACGCCCUCCCGGAGGCGUGGUCGCCGAAAGUACGGCCGCCGCAGCUUCAGCCAAUCACGGGACGCCGCCGGCCGGCGUCGACCAAUCAGCGAUCAGGAUGACAGCGAGCCCGCCAAAAGCAGACGGUUUGGGUCGAACCAGUCUAUUGCUCAGCUGUUUGCUGCGAGGCGUAACGAGGAUGACGACGAGCCGGGCUACAGCUUCACCUCUCAACGUCGACCGAGGAGGCAGGCAGAUGACGUCACGGGAGGCUCCCAGCUAUGUCCCACCAUUGGGCAAUUCGUCAUGCCGAAGGCAGGCCUCAACAGCCGCGGCGAAUGGAGAUACGUAAUCAACGUGGACGAUGAGGACGACGACAGUCAGGUGUACAGUCAGCUGGUGCGCACCGAACGCUGCCUGUCAUCCCGCUGCUCAGGUCUGUGCACAAUACCCGCCGGAAUGGAGGCCUCCUGUCAACAACAGUACGUGCAGAAGAAAUUGGUCGGCCUCGACCCCAGUGGUUCUCAGAUGUACACCGACAUCUACUGGCUGCCUCACUGCUGUGUUUGUCAAAUUCGGUAACGUUAGACUAUAGGGUUGUGAAGCACUGACGUAGAAUACGACGGUCUAAUGAACUGCACUGCAUGAAGAGUAUUGCUAGGACGGCGAAUAAAUAAAACGGUUACGGAA